GGUAGGAAGGAUUUGAGAAUCUGUCAGGGAUGGGAGUGUGAACAUUUGAGACAGGGUGAGAGAAACGCUACAGGUUCAGAUUGUGAAACUCUGCAUCAGACUUGGGCUGAAAUGACAGACAUGGUGUUUCUGGGUCUAGUGCUCCCCCUCUUGGUGGGGAGCACCCCUGUUUCUCAGGAACUGUUUCCAACAGACUGCUCUGAUGUCUAUGCUAAUGGACAAACACUGAGUGGAGUGUACACCAUCUACCCUGCAGGUGAAACACCUGUACAGGUGUACUGUGACAUGGGCUGUUUGAUAAAUGAUUCACAGGAUGGGAGAUGGACGGUGUUUCAGAGGAGAAUGGAUGGCAGUGUGAAUUUCUACAGACCAUGGAAGCACUACAAGAACGGUUUUGGGAACAAAUACGAAGAAUACUGGUCAGGAUUAGAAAACCUCUAUCAGCUCACACGCAAGAGGAAGUAUGAACUGAGAGUGGACCUGCAGGACUUUGAGGGUUUGACGGUGAACGCCCGGUACUCCUUUUUCUCUGUGAAAUCUGAAACUGAAGGAUACAAACUCCAUGUUACCGGCUUUGUCAAUGGAGGAGCAGGAGACUCUAUGUAUGAAAGCAAUAGACAGAAGUUCUCCACCUUGGACAAAGACCAGGACACUCAUAAGGAGUUGAACUGUGCUAGAUCUUUCCUUGGAGGGUUUUGGUAUGGCGCUUGCCACUAUGCUAACCCCAAUGAGAUUUAUCUGUGGGGAUGUGAUGGCACUCAUUACACCAUUGGAAAUGUGUGGUACCAUUGGAAAGGUUAUGAUUAUGGUCUUAAAAACAUUAUUAUGAAGAUCAGGCCUGUGGCUUAA